AUUUACAUUUUUACAUUCACAAAUCCGGUCUUAUCUCUAUUGUUUUUGUUAUCACUUACUUCGUAAUCACCACAAUUUGGUUAUCUUAGUUUGAUAAGAAAUAUAUUAUUAUAUCUCAAGUCAUAAGUCGAUUGUCGAUGGCCGUCGGCUGAUACAAUUUAUACUAAAAUAAAAAUAGUAAACAUAAUAUUGUAAUAAUAUAAUACUUAAUAGUUAAAAUUUAAAUAUUAUAUUUAUCAACUCACGACUCCCUAGAAUAAAGCAUGUUUUAAUAAUAAUUAUACCUCUACAGCUCAGCUCUACAUCUUACACAUUGACCUUUAAUAAGAUCAUCUCGUUGAAUUGUAAUUAAAAUGUCAGAAGCUAAAAAUGGAGAUUCAAAUCCUUGCUUGCAGGAACAAAGAUUAUCAUUCAAAUGCUUGCAAGAUAGUUUUGGAGAUAAAUCCCAAUGUGAACCGCAAAUAGAAAAUUACAAAGACUGCAAAACAUUUUGGUACAAUAUUUAUAAAGAAAGGAAAAACAACAAAAUAAGGCCAUACAUGCCAUCAUUAGAAGAACGGAUAAAAAUUAAGAAGGAAUACAUGAAUGGUCAUUAAAACAUGAACAAUGUUAUAACUAAUAAUAUGUUUAUUAUAAUAUAUUAUUAUUGUUUACUAUAAUAUUAUCUAUCUAUUUUUUGUGUUCAUAAAUAUAUGGUAAUAACUUAUAA